CACUCUUCUCUCGAUUUUACUCCACUUUUUUUUCUCUCUCUCGAUUUCUCUCACCUUCCUCCUCUGCUCCUCCUCCACGCUUCCAGGGAAGAACGUAAAAAUGGCAGCUUGCUUGCCGUCCCUCUCGCCGCCGCCGCCGCCGCCUGCGGCGGCGGCGGUGCCGGCGGCGAGCACGCUGGCCGGGAACCUAACCUCCUCGCUCCUCUCCCUGCCCCCGCCGCGGCCCCGCCUCGCCGCCGCGCACCGCAGGGCGGUCGUGGCCGCGGCCUCGUCCCGGCCCCCGCCCCCGCCAUCGCGGGAGGGAGGUGAUGCGGGCGACGAGGAGGAGGAGGUGGAGACGGCGAUGGGGAUGGACGGCGGCAUCCCCGGGACCUCCGGCGAGUUCCUGCGCCGCGUCUCGUCGCGCGCGUACGGCAUGCGUCGCCACCUCAUGGAGUCGCUCGAUUCCCUCGCCUAUGAUGUGUUGGAAACGAACCCAUGGAGAGAAGACUCCAAACCGGUCUAUGUACUGGCUAGAAGAGACAAUCAUCUAUGGACAAUGAAAACUCGCAGGACUCGUAGUGAAGUUGAAAGGGAACUUGGAAUGCUAUUCUCAAAGGGUGGGGGUUCAGGAGUUGGGACUAAAUCAAAGUAUUCUGGUUCCAAGUUUAACAUGCUUGUUGAAGAUAUCAGAGAGGGAAUACUUGUAUUUGAAGAUGAGGAUGAUGCUGUAAAAUACUGUGACCUUCUCCAGGGUGGUGGCCAAGGUUGUGAGGGAAUUGCAGAAAUAGAGGCUUCAUCUGUUUUCAACAUCUGCCAUAAAAUGAAAGCUCUUGCUGUCCUUUUCCGUCGUGGUACGACCCCUCCAUUGCCUCAAAGCCUUGAGCGCGACUUAAGGGCAAGAAAGAGAUCAUUGGAAGACUAGAAGCUUUGGGAUACAUAGUCAUAGUAUAGAACUUUAAUUGUCUUUGUCUAGCUGUUGAAGUAAAAGGCCCUAGGCCCUGUACACUACGUGGUAAAUAGAUCCACAAUAGCCUAAAAGGAAAGAAGUAAAGUCUGACAGAGAAAAAAAAACCAAUAGCUUGAGAUUUUAACAAUAUCAGUAAAUUGAUUAUUCUUGCCAUUAUGUACAUUCU